AUGUUUGGGGAUGGACAAGGGCGCUCGAAAAGUCUCGGCACGAAGGCUCCCAACAACUGGUCCAAACAUCCGUGCGCGUACUGCAUGAUAACGGAUGGCUUGUCCGAGCUGGAUGCCCUCGCGGAUGUCCCUCACGAGCAGGAUCGAAGAUCAAGAGACCUGAGACUGGUUCCGCCGGAUGCCUCAGGGCUCCCCCUCCCUCUUUACAUCGCAAUGCGCAUUGUUCCGACGGAGAACGUACCCGUCGAGGGACACACGUUGACCACGUCGAAAGACGCCAAGAACUCCAAGAUGAUACGCCGUCCUCAAGAGGUUCGAAGUUCCGACGGAUGCACUUCAGGGCAAAGUCAGCUUUGCCAGGUGUUCUUCCUGGAGAUGCUCUCCGAUUCAGGUCGUCGGCUUGUCUCAGCCAUCAUGGCCCAGAAGCCGUCUUUACUCUACCCACCCGGAACGCGGAAGCUGAAGGAUGUCGUGACCAACUACGUUUCUGUGAAUGGCAGCGACAAGUGGACAUUGCAAUCGAUCAUGCUUCUCGUAUUCCGGAUGGUUCUCCAGGAUGUUUUGGCAAUGGGAGACACCUCAGCCCUUAUUUGUGCGGUCAUGACUCCCGGUCAUGAUGCUUACCUGGCAGAGGAGAAACAUGAAGACAAGGGAGAUCAACGACCUCGUCACGGAGUGGGGAACGUUCGACAAAGUCUUGGAGGCGCUGCGGCAGCUUAUGAGACGGUCGUCUCUCCUGUCGUUCGCCGUCCGCGCGCCAUCUUUCACCGAACCGGAGCUACGGCAACUCGACAAAACUCGCGCGUGACGCGGUAUGAAUAUGCCCGGACGCCAGCACGGGUGAACACACCCACCAGGAGAACAAGUCUGGAAGGGGGGUGGACUGCGGUAGGAGGCCUUCACUGCACAUGGCUAAGCGGGCGAACGUCAACAGCGCAUUCUUGGCUUUUAUCCAACGGGCUGCCGUACAGAGUCACUAGGAACAACCGACAGAACAGAACGCACGAGAUCAUCACCGUUCAAUCCGGUGAUGGCUGUGUCCGUCUCAUGCAGUCGCUGGCGAGCUUCCUCGGCCAUGACCAUGUGCCCACAGACAUUCACGCGGAGGCGGAUCAGACACCAGCAGAGCUUAGCGGACAGUACCCGGGAUCUGCGGUGUGGACCGCUUCUCUGUUCAACAACCGGGACGAGCAGCAGCUAGAUCGCGAAUGGCGUACUCGUCUGGCGUCCAGCAAGUUCCGCCAAGACGAACAGACCUUACUGCGCGCAUACCGGGCGUACUGCGGACACAGCAUGGCGGGUCCGUGCUCAAGCAGCCGCUGCCCGGACUGCUGGGACGGAGACACCCUUCAACAAGUUUCCAUCGACUGCUCCCGGUACACCCCGGUACCCAUGGUAGCAAGUUGUGGCCUUGGUCGCUUGAAGGGCGGCGACGUAAAGUCGGCGGCGCAGGCUGGGCCGCGUGACGAGUGGGCUCUCGGGAGUGGCGGAGGGGACAACGUAGAGGUGUACAAGCAACUUUCCCCGAUGCCCGCGGCGGGCCGUGUGGAUCCUACAGAUCUAGCCCUGGUUAAGAUUCUGUACUUCUUCCGCCACGAGGGCAAUCGGCCUGUAAUGGGUGGGAACCCACCACCGCUCACGUGGUGGGUGCUCGGUUGCGGCUACAAUGGGGUUGCCCACGCCAACGACUGCGUCCCCGAUUCGAUCACCGGGCAUCCGACGCUGAACCUUCGAGCCCGCGGCCGUCCGGCGGUGUACCCUGUAUCUUCCAACUAUCGGCAGGUUCAUCUCUACCACGCAUGCUCGCUGAGCGGCGAAGGUGAAGCUGGCAGCUCUCACGUUUGA